GGUAGUGAUGAUUGCUACCAUGACUGGCAAGGAGCUUUCAUUGAAAGGUGUGCUGUUGACCAUUCUACUGAUGACAAACAUGUUCCUUUCAAGAAAGUAUGUAGCUUCUUCACCUAUCUGUCCCAACGGAUCAGACAGUUGUCAGGUCUCCCUUGGGGAUCUUUUUGACCGUGCUGUCAAACUCUCACACUACAUCCACUCCCUCUCUGCAGAAAUGUUCAAUGAAUUUGAUGAACGCUACGCUCAAGGCCGAGGGUUUAUUGCAAAGGCCAUUAACAGCUGCCAUACAUCUACAUUAACCACUCCUGAAGACAAGGAGCAAGCACAGCAGAUUCAUCAUGAAGACCUGCUAAAUGUAGUGCUGAGUGUGCUCCGCUCCUGGAAUGACCCUCUGCUCCAUCUGGUCUCUGAGGUUCAAAGAAUCAAAGAAGCUCCCGAUACCAUCCUCUGGAAGGCCAUGGAGAUUGAGGAACAAAACAAGCGACUUCUAGAAGGGAUGGAGAAAAUAGUUGGGCGGGUUCAUCCUGGAGACAUAGGCAAUGAAGUUUAUUCUACUUGGUCAGGCCUCCCAUCCCUCCAGCUAGCUGAUGAAGAUUCUCGUCUAUUUGCCUUCUACAAUCUGCUGCACUGCUUGCGCAGGGACUCCCACAAAAUUGACAACUAUCUGAAACUCCUGAAGUGUCGCCUUAUCCAUGACAGCAACUGUUAAGAAAUGUUGGCCUCACUUCAUUCAAACACUAGUACCCAAAAUUUCAAAAUUGUCUACUUUGAGCUUACUGCUUUUUGUUGUUCCAUGCACACUUUAAGGAAUAUCUUAUCCCAUGGUACAAGAUUCAUAGCCAUACUAUGUAUGUUUUUCUCUGUUUUGGAUGCAAACAAUUUAUUUCAGUUAUUGUUAAAAGUUCCUUUCUGUCUCAUCUGUUGGCAUCACACUGAUAGUAAAGUCAAGCAAUAAAAAUAGUAAUCAUGAGUAUAUGC